AUGUCGAUUCCCGUUCUACUGGAAGAAGUCACCAGCUUAGUUAAUGUUAAGACUCUUACUACGACACUUUUAUUACUUAUAGCAUUCGCAGCAGGCGUACACUUGUUUGUUACAGAAGUUAUAGGGACACUUAAUCUUCUUCAUAUCGACAAGGAUAGGGGGGAUCACCAUUCUCAGUAUGUAUAUUCACACUUAUUCGCAGUUAUUCUUAAGACACUGGGAGGACGAAGAGACCCGGCUCGUCCAGGAGGAUUAAUAUGCAUGAUUGGUGGAACUACUAGAGGAGGAGUUCUACUGUAGGUUUUUAGUUAAUUCACAAUACUUUCUUAGCACUUGCACUUAAUUCACAAUCACAACCUUAUAAUUCACAAUCACAAUACUACUUAAUUCACAUGUUGGUCGAAAUACUACUACUUAACUCAGCAGUCAAUACAGUACUACUUGUGUCUAGAAAGUGACUCACCACUUCGUCCUUCAUCACUAUUAUUAUUUAUUAUUAGACAGUCUUUCAGAGCACAACUUCAUCUACUAACUAUGCUGCAGUAGUGGAUAUUAUCUAGGUCAUGAAGAAGACACACAUCUUCAUCUUGUAAUCUAACAGAUGAUUUAAUCAUAAUAUGCUUGAUUCUGAGUUAAGUCACCAAUAUAUAAUCGUACUUAAUUGAUGUAGCAUAGAGACGUCGAUCAAAAAAUAUAUGACAACAGGAGUAGGCACUUGAUGUAAAAAUACAGAGUACAACGAAUAAAGAAGAAAGACUUGAUCUUGAUCUCAAUUCAAGAAGAUCUGAAAACAAAAGACGCAUUAUAGAUGAUCAUGAUGAGGUGAUGUUAGAACAGGUGAUCCGUGUCGAAAAUAAUGAUCGUCGAUGGCGUGAGUAAGAGUACUAGUACCUUUAUUUGGAAUGUGGAUCACCUCACGAAUCGUGAAUUAUUUGGAAUGUGAGUCACGAUCCGUCCUUUCCUGAGCCACAGUACUGAAUGUACUAGAACAGGGCUUCUUCUUGAGUUUUUCAUUCAAACAUGAAAAUCAAAUAAUUCUCUGAUGGAGGCACAACGUUUUUAUUAAAUACAAAUAGUAUCACCUGAUAUUGAUUCUUGUUCAGGUAUGACUCAGGUACAGCAGGUGUAAGAGUUCGUUGUAUUAUAAAUGUAGGUUCGAUCAUUGCCUACCACAGGAGCCUUGAAAUUAUUACAUGAAGAUCUUAUCGUAGGGAUUAUGCAUAUUGUAUUUACACCGAUAAUUAUGUACUUAGUUCAAAUUUUGAGAAAUUCCGAACAAAAAAAUCCGGGCUUAUCUUGUAUGAUGUACAACGUUGAUUAACUGAAGAUGUCGGACGAACGAAUUCACAAGCUGUAGUAGUUCUUGUACUAAAGGAGCAAUAUUAACAAUUAAUGAGGUCGUGGGCACGAUUGAUCAUGAUCAUGAAUGUGAAUGAUCUACUUGAAUCUUGUUUAUACUUACAUAGUAGGUCUACUAGGUACUUAGACGUCGAGUCAUGAAAGUAAGAAGCUAGAACAAGAAGAAGAAGGACGCACACGUAGAUUUUUUUGGAGGCUCGUUAAGGCUGAAAAGGAACGUCAACGUCCUCUAUAGAAGGGGAGUUUCUAGCUCAUUUUUCCGGAUCACCGGACGAGCCUUUACACAUUCGUCACCUUCUAGAAGCAUCAACAUCACCUUCUAGAAGUUGCAACGAAGUAGACCUCAGUCGCAGCUAGUCGAUAAGACGCGCUUUUCGAAGCAGCUAGUAGAUAACCAUGACGAGGAAGGUUAAAUCAAUUCAUUGAUGAUUAGCUCAAUGGUAGCCAGGAGUUGGCUUUUACUGGACGGCACAGGCUUACAGUGUGGCAGGUGAGCAAGCGGCGCUUUUGCCUAUCGUAUCUAGCCGGACGAGGCUUCUAGGCUCUAGAGAAGGUGGCCCUAGAAUCUAAAGAAGUUCUUGGUCCUAGCCUAUUCUAUCAUCUAGCCGGAGGCUUCAGCUUCUGAGCAAGAAGAAGGAAUAGCUUCUGAAGAAGAAGUAGCUUCUAAAGAAGAACGUGCGAAGAUUCGGCGGGCCAUGAUUGCGUUCACAACGACUUGCCUUAGCCUUCAACAUUCAAGAACUGCAUACUGCAACAAGAAUAACAUAGCAUGUAGAUGAGCCUUCAACUGGAGCAUACUACAUCGUAGACAUCAUGAUGUGGUCAGUAUGUAUGCGACCACACAACAAGAACAUAGAGACAAAAAUACGACUUCACUAAAUUGCACAUACUUUCAAUCAACAGUAGGAGCAGAAUGCUGUUGCGAAUUAGACAGCAUGUUGUUGUUAGAGUUGUCCUCACGCUCAGGCUCACUCCUCAACAUUUGUGUUCAAGCAUCUUCUGGUCGAAAGUGAAACGACUCGUCUGAUCGAAACAAGUACUAGCACUAACAGUAACUACUAAGUAACUUAGUUCUAGUAUUUUUAGAAAUAUUUAUAGCGAAGCC